AUGCUACAGAGUGGUGGAAAAUGGUACAAUGUUGAAACAGGUAGAAGGGAUGGGAAUGUUUCCCUUGCAUCAAAUGUGAAUCUUCCUCCUCCAUUCAUUUCAGUCUCUGAUUCCAUCAAACUAUUUGCCAGCAAAAAACUUACUCCAACGGACAUGGUUUAUCUUCUAGGUGGCCACACAGUUGGAAUUGCUCACUGCUCACUCUUCCAAGAUAGGCUAUACAACUUCAACAAUACAGGUGGUCCUGAUCCAAACAUGAGCAAAUGGCUACUGUUUGGAUUAAGAAUGAAGUGUCCUAGAGGUGCAUCCUUUGACAACAUUGCUCCUCUUGAUGUGAGGACUCCAUCUUUUGUAGAUAACUCAUUUUUUGAGCAAAUUCAGAGGGGAAAUGGGGUUCUUCAAAUUGAUCAACAAAUAGCAUUGGAUGAAUUGACAAAAGGUAUUGUGGAUGGUAUUGUCAAAGACCCUGAUUUCUACACUAAGUUUGGAGAGGCCAUGGUGAAAUUGGGUAGAGUUGAAGUGCUAACUGAUGAACAAGGAGAAGUGAGGACAUCAUGUAGGGUUGUGAACAAGAAGACAUCCUCUUUUGGGAUUUUCAAUUAGCUCAAAUAUUUUUUUGUUAACGUAUUCUCUAUGUUGUUCGGACCCUCCAGAAAUAUUGUCACACUCGUGUCCAUGCCUAAAGAAAAUGCAUCCCCUUUGGAUGAUCUAACACAUGCGUCGCAGUAUAUUUAAGAGUUCAAAUAACAUAGCUUAUUCUUUAUAGUUAUUUGCUUAUGAUAAGUUUUCUUUUGUUUCAUUUUUCUUUUGUAUUUGAUUGGUGUGGAUGGGGUGGGUCUAGAGACUCUUCCUUCAUUGAUUCUUCGGCAUUUGAAAUUUGAGUAUCGCUGUACUUUUUUGCUUGUAUGAUUUUUUUUCCUUUUUGUGUAUUAUGUUGUAAUUUGAUUGAUUCUUAAUGAAACGAUUUUCAGAUCACUGAAACAAAAGUGAAUGUAAUUCUUAUCUACCUUGCUGUCAUGCCAUAUUUCUUCUUUUUUAAGCCAGUAUUGAGAAGCAUCUUAAAGAACAUACAUA